UAGGACAUAUGCCACAUGGUUUUGUUUCUACCAAAUAAGAACAAUGCCAGCCACCAUGAAUUGAUAUGUCUCGAAGUGCAAGCUAUAAAACUCUUAUCAUUUCCCUAUUCUCAAACUCAUCCCAACCAAGAGCUUCUACAUUUCUUGUUUACUUCAAAUAUUUACUCAGUUUUUCCAAGAUUUCUUUCUCUUCCCUCAUAAAAUUACACAAAAUGAUCUGCACAAAGAAGCUUAUUAAGCUCGCAAGAAAAUGGAGAAGGAUAGCAGCUGCCAGCAGAAAGGGGAUCUCUUGGCCACGACCAGUGGCUAACGAGGGUCACUUUGUUGUCUACACAGUAGAUGGAAGACGAUUUAUGAUUCCUUUGGCUUGUCUCAAGAGCGAGAUAUUCAUUGAGCUCCUCCAAAUAGCUGAGGAAGAGUUUGGAGUAGCAAGUUCAGGGCCAAUUAUGCUACCUUGUGAUUCAAAUUUCAUGGAGUACGCACUCGCUAUGAUACGAAGAGGUGUAGCUGUAGAAUUGGAGAAAGCACUAAUCAUGUCCUUAGCUACCUGCAGAUACUCAUCAUUGUCACGAGAACAUCAACAACAAACUGAAUCACACUUCAUUUGUAGUUACUAGAGAAGAAAUUCACUGUCUUCUCUGUUGUACAAAACAUAUAGUAAAAUUUUGCCAAGAAAAUUAAUGAGAGUUUAGGAUAGAAGUUCUGAUUAAACAAUUAUUGCCAUUCUUUAGUAGUUUCUCUUUUGCGCUUGAUAUUAACCGCACAAGAUCUAUAACAAAAUCGCACCACUUUUAGGAUGUUUCAUCAUACGUUCCAAUCAAAUUAUAAAAGUUCAAAGAUCCAAAUGAAAAGGAAUAAUAAGAUGCUUUCAUUGUCGCCUUGUUGUAUAGAACAAAUACAAAAAUUUGCCAAGAAAAUUAAUGAAAGCUUAGAAUAGAAAUUUUGAUCAAACAUUUUUUGCCAUUUUAGUAGUUUCUCCUUUGCGCUUGAUAUUAACUGCCCAAGAUCUAUAGUAGAAUCAUGUCUCCUAUAGGAAGCUUCAUAUGUUCCAAUCAAAUUAUAUAAGUUCAAAGAGUCAAAUGAAACAGGAUGAGUUCGAUUUCAGAGAAACCAAGGAUUGGGGAAAUAGAGGAUUGAUCGCCAACCAUUUAAGGAAAAAUUCUAUAAACUGAAGAGUCUUUAAUUUCCAGAACUC